UCGCAUGUCCUCGCAGCAGGCGAUCGUAAUCGAACAGACCGAAGGGUUCGCGAACAAUCAAAUCUACGAGGCCGCGAUAUCGUAUCUUGCGACCCGGAUCAACACAAACAUGCAGAGGCCGAAGGUGAGCAAGGAAGAUGAAAUGAAGAGCAUGCCAAUCAGUAUGGAGGCCGGGGAGGAGAUGGUUGAUGUGUAUGAAGGUACCGAAUUCAAAUGGCAAUUGGUUUGCCGGGAAACCUCCAGCGGCACUUCGAGCAAUGGCAAGUCCCGGCAGAUCGAAGUCCGAUCAUUCGAGCUCACCUUCCACAAGAAGCACAAGGAAAAGGCGCUUUACUCCUACUUGCCGUUUAUAUUAGCAAAGGCGGGAGAAAUUGAGGAGGGAGAUAAAACACUCAAGCUUUACCUGAAUGAAAGGGAUACAUGGUACCCCGCAGAAUUACACCACCCUUCAACGUUCGACAUUCUGGCGAUGGACGCAGAGCUUAAGCAGGCGGUGAUGGACGAUCUUGCAAGGUUCGUCAAGAGGAAGGACUAUUACAAGAGAAUUGGCAAGGCUUGGAAGCGAGGAUAUCUGCUUUACAGGCCGCCAGGGACCGGCAAGUCGAGCUUAAUUGCUGCAAUGGCAAAUUAUCUCAAGUUUGAUACCUAUGAUUUGGAGCUCACUGAAGUAGGUUGGAACGGUGCACUUCGACGGUUGCUGACGACUGUGGCCAACCGAUCGAUACUCGUUAUUAAGGACAUGGAUUGUGCGAUCGAUCUUCAACAAAGGGAAUGUAGCGAGGACCUGUACGGAUCUAAAAGCGAAAAGGUGACGCUAUCCGGGCUGCUCAACUUUGUCGACGGGCUAUGGUCGACGAGGGGGGAGGAGCGGAUCAUUGUGUUCACCACAAACUACAAGGAGCGGCUCGACCCCGCGCUGCUGAGGCCUGGCCGAAUGGAUAUGCACAUCCAUAUGAGCUAUUGUGGUGUUGAUGCAUUCAGGGUGUUGGCCACCAACUACCACGCCAUUGAGGACCAUGUAUUGUUCCCGGAGAUCGAAGGGUUGAUAAGUGAAGUGGAGGUGACUCCGGCAGAGGUAGCAGAGGUGCUGAUGAGGAGCGAUGAAGCUGAUAUUGCACUUCAAGAGCUUAUUGAUUUUCUCAAGGCGAAAAGAAGGGGCGUAGACGAAGACGAAGAUAAAGUUGACAAUGAUAAAGCCAACGAAGAAACUGUCUGAGGUAAGGAUAACACGAGGGAAACGAGCAGAAGUAAGCUGGAGAU